AUGUGGAAUUUAAUCAAUUAUAACAAUGAAAAUGAUUCUAAUGCAAAUGCCACUUUUUGGAGUAUCUUCGGAUAUGAAGAUAAACCAAACGAAAAUAUAUCAAUUAAUGAAAAUGAACAAAAGGAAAACAAUUUAAAAGUCGAAAAAAAUAUCGAACCAGAAUUACUUGAUGAAAAUACAAACAAAGACAUUCGAAGGAAAAAGAAAAAAAAAAAAAACAAACUCAAAGAUAAUAUUGAUAAAUCCCCCUUCCUCAGUGAUAUUAGCGCGUAUGCAGAUUAUUGUACUAGUGAUGAUGUUACGGAUAAAUAUUCAUUAAAUGAAAAUAAUGAUCAAAUGAUAUCGUCAGAAUCUAAUAGAAGGAAUUAUUCAAAUGAUAUAAGUGAAAAAGACGACCUGACCAUUCAGGAAGAAAAAGAAAUAAUAAUUGAGAAAGAAAAUGACCUGACUGUUCAGGAAGAAAAUGAUAUAACAAUUCAAGAAGAAAAAGAACUAAUUGGUGAGAAAUAUAAUGACAUGACCGUUCAGGAAGAAAAAGAACUAAUAGAUGAGAAAGAAAAUGACCUGACCGUUCAGGAAAAUAAGACAGAAAGAAUGGUAGAAGAAAAUUAUAAUAAUAGUUCAUUACCAUAUGCUAAUGAAUGGCUAUUUGAUAAAAUAAAAGAGAUAUUAGAUCCUUCUAUAAAUCAAGAAAGUAUAAGUGAAUUAUUAACACAUAAAUAUAACAGUUUUAAUGAAGCCAAUACAGGAAUUUUCGAUUUGUUAGAGAAUUUAUUAGUACGUAGUGGUAGUAACAAUCAGGAAAAUAUGGAAAUUAGUAAACAAAAAAAAGGUAAUUAUUCUUAUAAUCAUUAUAAUUCGAUGGAUGAAUCAAUAAAUGAGCAUUAUAAUUUUAUUAAUUAUUCUAUUCAUUGUAUUAAUAAAGAAUUAUCUGCAAACGUGGAGUUAGAAGCUACCAAAAUGAUGAAAAUAUAUAAUCAUUCAUUGAACAAAUAUAAAAAUCUUAUCAAUUUUAAGGAUGAUAUUUAUCAAGACUUAGUAAAUGAGGGAGAAGAAAUAUCUACUUUAAUAUUUGAUGAAAAUAAAAAAAUUAAAAAAAGAAUUCCAAAAAUUGAUUUUCUAGUUUUAAUUAAUAUUAAUAGUGAUAAUUAUAAUAAUAUUAUUGAAUCUCAUAACGUACAAACACCGAAAUUAAAUUUGGAAGAGAUUUUUAAAAUUAACUUAAUAUAA